AUGAAAGAUUUUAUGAACUUUGAACCCAUUCUUCAGAAAUUGCCUUUUACUUUUGCUCCCAUAACUACUGCUGCAGAUUUUACGCAGUUUAAAUUAGACGAGAUUCUCUCGCAUUUCGGAGUAAAUCGCCAAGGCCUCUGGAAAUAUGAGUUUUGUUCUAAUUCACAUCAUUUCCAGAUUUCUCCAGGUGGUGAUCUCCCACUUUUCUCAGAUUUGUGGACUACCACCACCAUGGAUUCUGAAAAACUCUCACCGGUCACUCUGUCCUCGUCUUCAUCUUAUGAGGAUGCUCUAUUCCGAGCAUUCGUGUCCCCGUCACUCGCUGUAAUUAUGAGUUUGUCUCCAUUAUAUGACUCUCCUGCUCCAGAUCUUCAAGAUCCAAGCUUGGUGAAUAUAAAUUUGCGUAAUUGGCUUGACUACUACAAGUGGCGAGGCCUUUGCUCUCCGGAUGAAGAAAGUAUUUCUAAUCCACUGGCCUUGCUACUUCACUGGCCUCUUACUCUUUAUCAUAUUGUUGCUCACAAGCUUCCACAAAUAAACCCCUUCUGUAUCCCAAAAAUUUUGAUAAAUCGGAAACUUAUCAUACAUGUGAUUGGAGUUGAAAAAGAACUCUCUCUUUUGCCAGUAUUCAAAGAACUGGAUCAUUUAUUCAAACCACAACUCAGAAUCUAUAUCUAUUUCAUUGGUAGGCAUUUUGAUGUUGCAGCAGAUAGAGUUGUUUAUCAUCUUUCGUCACGAUUGUCCGUAAGUGUUUGGAGUGGAUUAUAUCAUGAAUUUUUGCAUACUCAAAAACCAACAAGUGAACUGCCUGAUUUAAUUAUUGGUUUCAAUGCUGGUCUCGCUGCCUAUCCAACUUGGCCACUCACACUGUCUUCCAUCGCUGAAACUGGUGUGCCAGUGUUCUUUACAGAUUCUUGCUUAUACAGUUCAUUAUGGGGUUUCCAGGUAUCAAGUUCUUUGGGUUUAGGCCCAAGUAAACCUGAUGCCAUUUUGGACGAUGGUUAUGACCAAACCAAUGGUUCCAAUCAAACAUGUCUGUUUCUAAAUCCGUUUCGAAGCCCUGUCCGUAUUGAGGCGCCUGGUGUGCGAUGGAGCUGGUUCUCAAAUGCCUUCAUAUUCUCCCCUUUUUAUCCUGCAGAUUAUUUACAGCAACGGUCAGACCUACCUCAGCGAAUGGCUUCAAUGAAUGUAUGA